CAAGAAUGGAGUCAGAGCACCAAACCAUGGAAACGUUCCUACGAUGGGCAACAGAGCUCGGCAUUUCAGACUCCAUCAACCCUCCUCGAUCUCACAAUUCAUGUCUCGGCCAUUCCCUUUCCGUCGCCGACUUCCCCCUCGCCGGCGGGAGAGGUUUAGGAGCUGUUCGUGAGCUCAGAAAGGGAGAAUUGGUUUUGAAAGUCCCUAGAAAUGCUCUGUUAACUACAGAGUCCAUGGUGGCGAAAGAUCAGAACUUGAGGGGUUCUAUCAAUCUCCACGCAUCGCUUUCUUCGACCCAGAUACUGAGUGUUUGCUUGUUGUAUGAAAUGAGCAAAGGGAAGAGCUCUUUUUGGUAUCCUUACUUGGUUCAUUUGCCUCGUGACUAUGAUCUCUUGGCUACAUUUGGUGAAUUCGAGAAGCAAGCUUUGCAAGUUGAAGAUGCUGUUUGGGCAGCUGAGAAAGCUAUAACAAAGUGUAAGUGUGAGUGGGAGGAAGCUGUUACGUUGAUGAAGGAGUUAGAUCUCAAGCCCAAGUUUCAGAGUCUUCAAGCAUGGAACUGGGCUUCUGCCACUAUAUCUUCACGGACGCUGCAUGUUCCAUGGGAUAGUGCUGGGUGUUUGUGUCCUGUGGGGGACUUGUUUAACUAUGAUGCUCCUGGGGAUGAUAAUGCUGAAGAAGCAGGACAUGUUGUUGCGACUCAGUCUGAAAGGCUCACAGAUGGUGGAUUCGAUGGAGAUGCCAAUGCUUAUUGCCUUUAUGCAAGAAGGAAUUAUCAGCUAGGAGAACAGGUUCUUCUAUGUUACGGGACUUACACGAAUCUGGAACUUCUUGAGCACUAUGGGUUUACGUUAGAAGAUAACUCAAAUGACAAAGUCUUUAUUCCUCUAGAAACCAGUCUUUAUUCUCUUGCUUCUUCAUGGCCUAAAGAUUCUUUAUACAUUCAUCAAGACGGUAGGCCAUCUUAUGCGCUUGUGUCCACGUUGAGACAGUGGCUGAUCCCACAGAGCCAGCGUGACAAGUCGGUUAUGCGCCUCGUCUAUGCUGGAUCUCAGAUAUCUGUGAAGAAUGAGAUUAUGGUCAUGAAGUGGGUGUCAGAGAAAUGUGCAAGUGUUUUGAAGGAUCUGCCAACAUCUGUACAAGAGGAUAUAGUGCUUCUUCAGGAUAUUGACAAGCUCCAAGACCCUGAAUUGCGUCUGGAGCAGAGAGAAGUAGAAGCUUUAGGCAGUGAAGUACGUGCUUUUCUUGAUGUGAAUCAUUUGAUAAAUGGGGGAUUCUCUGGGAAAAUUAACAGGAUAAUGAGUAAAUGGAGAUUGUCAGUGCAGUGGAGGCUAAGGUACAAGAGAACGCUUGCUGAUUGCAUCUCUUAUUGUAAUGAUAAAAUAAAUCAUCUCUCAGGUACCUAAGAUAGAGGAUAUGAGACUUGUAACAUCUAUUUAUCAAUGCUCAAUAGAGG